AAUUAUCAAAAUCUUUUCCACUGUCAACGGACAACCAUUGAAGACGAGGAUAUUUUAUUCACGAAGGAUUUUAAUAUUUAAUUUGGAAUUAAUUAUCAAUUUUAAUUAGUGAAUUGCAUUGUUUAAAAUAACUUUUAGUUAGGAGUUUUCAAGUGUAAAAGGGGUGGGCUUGCUAUUUGUGAAUAUAAGCGGCGUCCACAUGUUGGACAAAACAUUUGUUUGUGUUUAAAAAUGUGAGUGCUAUUUGACAACAUCUUCCAAGAAAAGAGAAACUCAGGAUGGCUGCUUGUGGUGGUCAUUCCCCAAGUUUAAGUCCAUCUUUCAUGGUAGAUGAAAAGGGAUGUUACAAUUCUGGUCCCCCUUUAGCACAUCGAAUAAAAGCUGGGAGGCCUUGUUCUAACUGUCCAAAUGUAUGUCCUGGGUUUGAGCUGCAUUAUUGGAGAAAGAUUUGUAAACACUGCAAAUGUCCACCAGAAACCCACGAUAUGACAACAGGAUGUGAGCAGGAUCAAACAUUGAAUCGGUUGAUCCACCAUGAUGCCAAACGUAAUUCUACCUCAGAUGAUGAUAGUGGAUGUCCUCUUGAGGAAUAUACAUGGGUACCCCCAGGACUCAAGCCAGAACAGGUUCACCAGUAUUUCAGUGGAUUACCAGAAGAUAAAGUACCUUAUCUAAACAGUCUUGGUGAAAAGUACCGUGUGCGACAAUUACUGCAGCAGUUACCUCCCCAUGACAAUGAAGUUCGAUACUGUAAUGUCCUUAGUGAGGAGGAAAAGAGGGAACUACGGAUGUUUAGUUCUCAAAGAAAGAGGGAGGCCCUGGGGAGGGGAAGUGUACGACCAUUACCGCUCACCAUGCAGGGCAGUAUAUGUGCAAAGUGCCAAGAAAUGAUCCCAGGAGGUUGUAUGGCAGUGUUUGCAUCUCGUGCAGGACACGAGAAAUGUUGGCAUCCUAAAUGUUUUACUUGUCUGAGUUGUGAUGAAUUAUUGGUAGAUUUAAUCUAUUUCUAUAAAGAUGGAUUCCUGUAUUGUGGCAGACAUCAUUCAGAACUGAUCAAACCACGAUGUGCAGCCUGUGAUGAGAUUAUUUUUGCUGAUGAAUGUACUGAGGCGGAGGGAAGGAGUUGGCAUAUGAAACAUUUCUGUUGUUUUGAAUGUGAUAAACAGUUAGGAGGACAGAGAUAUAUUAUGAAAAAUGGACGACCAUAUUGCUGUGUAUGUUUUGAACGAAUGUUUGCUGAAUAUUGUGACACAUGUGGUGAUAAUAUAGGGGUUGAUCAUGGACAAAUGACCCAUGAAGGUCAACACUGGCAUGCGACAGAACAUUGUUUUAAAUGUCAUACGUGUCAGAAGUCGUUGCUAGGACAACCAUUUUUACCAAAACAUGGUGUAAUAUAUUGUUCUGCAUCCUGCAGUAGAGCAGGUUCCAUGCAGACCCAAACACCUCGACGAGCAGAAGAUUAUUUAUUACAAGAUCAAAGUGAUAUAAGACUUGGUUCACCUAUCAGUCAUGCUUUACAAGAUAACAGUGUGGCAAGCAUACAGGAAGUUUUGCGACAACAAUAUUCAUUGACGGACAGUCUCCCAUCAUCAGACCGUGACCAGGGCUAUGCUACAAGUAGUAAUAGUGAAGUAUAUGCCCCAGGAAUAUAUGAACCAAUAUCUACGCAGAUAUCAAUGAUUAAAGAUAUGCAUGAUGAUAGUUACAAUUUUGAAGGAUUUAAAGAAUCAUUACCAAUACAGGAAUCCAAAAUGACAAAUCGUCUUUCACAAUUUUCUAUGCCUGACUUGACAGUUGAUCCUCCUAUAAUUCCUGCUAUAGAAAGAAGACCUGCUUUUGAUCCUAGAAAUAGGAGUCGAUCUGGCUCAGAAAAGAAUUUGUCUGUGCAUUUUCAAAAUUAUGAGGAAUUAGGUGCUACCUAUUAUGAUGUUCCUUAUGUUCAUAACAAUAACCACCAUGAAUGCCAUCGAAAAGUUCAUAAAAGUGGGUCAAAUAGUAAUCAAGGUUCUUUCAGGUCACAUCCUGAAUUGAGAGAUGUGAGAGAAAAUUUUUCACUGCAGACUGCUGAAAAUAAUACUACACCUGUGAAUGAAGAACAGAAAAUGAACCCCAUUACGCGUCCAAAAAAUGUGCAAUUUGAACCGAAUCCUCAAGUAUCUAGAUAUCCAAGAAGUAGAAGUUUUGAAGGAAAACCUCGAGGACAUUAUUAUGAUAGAAGUUUUCAACAUGAAAUGCCUCAAGGUUAUGCUGAAGGUUAUGAUGAUGACAGAUGUAGUACAUGUUCUAGUUCUAGUGACUCUGAUGACUAUCCUUAUUACUAUGAACCUCCUCGGCGUAGUAACGGGCCAAGAAUUACUUAUGUUGAUGACAUGGGCGUUGGACUGGGAGGUAAUAAUACCUACCAAACAUUACCUCUUGGUAGAGGAAGACAUAAAAAUAAAAAUAAACAAUGUGUGAUAUCUUAGAUAAUUAAAUAAACAUAUAUAGUCAAUAAUUAUGACCUAAUAUAAACUUCAUGUGCUUUGUUGUGAAUAUAAAAUAUUUAGGAUGUCAAUAAGUGUACCACAUAUGAGAAGUUUAAUGUACAUGUACAACUUUACUUGAUUGACUUACAAUUGAAAACCAGAUUUUCAGUGAUGUUCCAAUUUUGCAAAAACUCAGUUUAAAUCAAUGUUAGUUGAAUCCACAAUCAAAUUUUAAGUUAGUGUUCAUUGUACUGUACAUUUCUUAGUUUAUUUCAGAAAAAAAAAUACUUAAAUAUUUAUACACUAAGCAUUAAAAUUUAUAAAACAAUUUACCACAUUUGCCAUAGAUAUUAUACUGAUUGUUCAAAAAUGUUGUUUUCUUAAGAUAUUUUAUGUCCAGAUUUGUGCCAAAAUGUUUUUUAUCUACAUUUAGUCAUUAUAGUAUUAAAGAUGAUGAAUUUCAGCACUUUCUAAUAGUGUAAUCCCAUAACACAUUUUCAUUUACACAUGUAUACACUGUAUAUGCAUUGAAAUUAGACCUCUAUAUAUGAAUCAUUUUAAUAUAUAAUAAUACAGGGUAGAUUAAAUUAAUUAAAAUCUAGUCAUUUAUUUACUGAGAUACUCUAUAUAUAGCAGAUGCUGGAUUUAGUUCCCUUCAUAACUAAUGUCACACAUAAUUAUGCACCAGCUCCAGAAUAUCAUCCAUUAAUAAUGCACAUUGCUUUCAUGAAUUAAAUUUAGAGACUGGUAGUUUUCUGUUUUCGAGAGGGGGGCAUAUGUAAUAAAAAUGUUUGAAAAUAUUAUACAUUAAAUAGAGUUUUUUUCAGGGUUUAAAGUGUCUUUGAUACUUAAUUGCUCUGUUUUCCAACUAUUCCACUUUUAAAACACUUUGCAAAAAAAUUUACUGGUCUCAAUUUUUAACAUGCCUAGGUCAUUAAAUAAAAGUCCUGGAUAUUUAAGAAGACAGGUACAAAUAUUGAGUUUGUGAUCUUUGAAAUUUUGUUCAUUUUCAACUGUUUUUUUUUUUAAUCUGCAAUAGGGUUUUCAAAAUGUGAUAGAAGUGAACUCAUCAUGCUAAUUAGUCAUUCUGUAGUCUUUUUUGUUUACAUGUUGCCCUACCUUACAGUAAGCUGUCUGUAUGUUAAAUUCUGGUUGUCUCCCUUUGCAUUACCCCAUAAAUGUGUGUAUAUCAGCAAUACUGACAAAUGUUUCAUAAAAGUUGUGUCUCACAGUACUUUUUAUCAGGGUUAUUGUUGUUAAUACAAACAUUCUGAUGUCACCUGUUUAGAACAAAAACAUUUUGAUGUCACCAGUUUAGAACACACACAUUUUGAUGUCACAUGAUCAUUACUGUGAACACAAAUAUUUUUAUGUCACAUGGUUGUUACUGUGAACACAAACUUUUUGAUGUCGACUUUUUAUUGCUGUGACAUCACUCAUUCAUACAGAUUUUAGUGAAUUAUUUGUAUAUAGUUUGAACCUGUAUAUAAUGUUUUAUGUACAUUUUUGUUACUAUAAGUAUAGUGCUGACAAUAUAUUGAAAAUUUUAUUUACCUGUGAUUUUACAUAGUGAAAAUAAUGUUAUGUUGUAUAAUGGAAAGGUUUAGAAAGCUGAUAAAUAUCAUCUUUAAACCUAAUGUAUUUGUAUGACAGUUUACAAAAUAAUUAAACAUUCAUGCAGUCUAGGCCAGUAAGUAUUUAUUAACAAUUAUCCCAUAUAGCAGAAAUAGCUGUAGGUAAAUGUAUUGGUGCCUAUUGGAAAAAACUUCUUGUUUUUUCAAAACCAAUUCAAACAUUUCUGUUAUAAAAUGUGUAAACAAAAUGAAUAGCCAGUAUAUUUGUGUGAAGCUAAUCAUUUUAACCAAGUAUCAAAAUUUAUUUUAUUAUACAUGCUGAAUUUUAGUUUCUUGGGAUCCAUAGUUAAAAAAGUCAAAUGAUUUUUAAUUUUGAUAGGAGACAUUUACCUUUGAAGUGGUCAUUUGCUUUCAGUUAUAAUAUUCGUUUCAAGGUAUGGAAUGUUUUAUUUAAAAGAAUCUCAUUGAUUUGUUUUCUUUAGAAGGAUCUGAAAUGUUAUCCUUGUGUACAAUCUUAGUGUUGGUUCCUAUAAUUUACACUUUAUACCACUAACAAAAAAAUGAAUGACAAACUUUCCCUAUAGGAAAAUCUUUAGAAUACCAAACUUAUAUUACAAAUAUCUGAGAGCUCAAUACAUGGUUUUUUCCUCUGUAUAAUUCACAAUGUAUAUAUCAGCAUACAUGUAUGUGUACUGAAGUAAGCUUCAUUUACAUUGCCUCAAUUAAAAUAAUUGCUUUUGUCAUUAGAGGAAAAUAGAUCACAAAAUCAGCUCACAUUUUUUGGUUACAGUUAUAAAGAUGAGUAUUGAUAGUCAGUAGUGUAUAACAGUUUUAUUGAAUUAUAAUUUCCUGUAAACAAGGAACACAAAAUUGUUUGUGUAAUUUCUCCUUGUUACUAAAGAGAAGGAUGAGAAUUUAGGUAUCAAUUUUUUUAUAGCCUAAAUGUAACAUGAGGACAUGUAAUACAACAAUUCAGACAUUACUUUUUAUUAAUAUUUAGUAAAUUAGAGGGAAAACACUAGAUAUUCGGUUGUUAAAAACAUGAGCAACAAUUAUAGUAUUUGAGAAUUUUAUUUCAUAUCCAUCUUGUUCUCAGAUACUCCAGUGGUUUGCAGUAUGAAAGACUUUUUAUGGAUUUUUUUUUU